GGGGAUCGAUUCGACGUGCGUGCUCCUGGUAUGUGUUGCGACGGGCCGGGUUCCGCUGUCCAAUAACUACCUGCACGCUUCGGCAGUUGCUGGACAGCUGCUGACCAUGACCUGUGAAGUCCUCCGCUUUGAUUGCAAUGGCUGAGAUAUCCGGCUCCUCAGUGGAAGCACUUUGACUUGCAGCUGCUGUUGAGUGGUUCUAGCGUCAUUCAUCAUUCAUCUAUUUUAGGAUAGCCAAUCUUGUGCUCCAGGCAACAUCGCAAGGAGCAGACGUGAUAUCUAAGCGUACCCCUGCGCAACCAGCCGUGUUGGGUUGCGAUGAGGCUACGGUUGGUUGGAGAUGAGUUCAUAAAGACCAUCGUCACCCAGCACUUCCAGUGAUUUAUUCAUCCAACAUCCUCUCCUAGCUAUAUCAUCACAUAAUCCCAAAUCAAGGCAAGCGUGUUAACGUCUACCUCAAUUGUUUGUUGAUUCUAACUUUCUCUUAGGGCUUCACAAGAUCCAGUCCUUUCAAACUUCCCGCCUUUUUAGCAUUGACUCCUGGCUCUUCGAACCAAAAGCAAUGGCCAGUGCUAUCCGAAGAGGGUUACAAAAAAUUUUCGAGCGCGCGGAAAAGUCGCAAUCAGCACUGAAGCGCAUCUUGAACCCGUCUACCGAUGGGGCCGGCACCCGAGUUUUCCCGCCCCAGAAUCCUAAUCUUGAUAGGCAAAUUGGCCUAAGGAUCGAUAAAGGGGAGUUGGUUCACGGCAAGCCGAAUACUAUAAAGCUUAAGAACUCCCACUCAGUGGUCUCGGAAGCUGAGGUCGACACCACUCAGGAACCCAACAUCGAGAACCUGACUAAGGUGUUCGAAAGCUUCGAUAAGAAUAUCCGCGUCUGA